AUGGCGGUCCUGGGCUGCGGCACAAUGGGCAUCGCCAUUCUGAACGGCAUCCUCACUUCCCUCUCCGACAUGCACGCAGCCAAGUCCCUAGCCACGCCCUCCUCCUCGGGCAUCUCGACUCCCGCCGAGGAGCUUCCGCAAGCCUUGCCCGCCCGCUUCAUUGCCUGCGUGCGCAGCCCCGAGAGCGCGCAAAAGGUCAAGGCCGCGCUGCGCGACCAUGCAGCCGUCAAGGUCGUCCAAAAGGACAACCUGGCCGCCGUUCAGCAGGCCCAGAUCGUCCUUCUCGCCUGCAAGCCCUACAUGGUCAACGAUGUCUUGGGCCAGGACGGCAUGGCUGAUGCGCUGCGCGGCAAAGUGCUCAUUAGUAUCUGCGCCGGCAUCACCGACAAGCACAUGGAGACGGCAAUCUACCGCGAUUGCCACCCCCUGGGUAUCGACCAAGCCGGUGGAGUUAGGAUAGUCCGCGCCAUGUGCAACACCGCUGCUCUUAUCCGCGAGUCCAUGACCGUCAUCGGCCUCACCGACCCCCCCCUGCCACCUCAAGUCAAAACCCUUGUCACCUGGAUCUUCAAACGCGUCGGCGACGUCGUCUACCUGCCAACCAGCACCAUGGACGCCUCUACCGCCUUGGUCGGAUCCGCCCCGGCCAUAUUCGCCCUCAUGCUCGAGGCCGCCAUCGACGGAGCCGUGGCCAUGGGCCUUCCCCGUGCCGAAGCCCAGAAAAUGGCCACCCAAGCCAUGAGGGGGACCACGGGCCUUGUCCAGGCCGGCGAGCACCCGGCUAUCCUCAGAGAGAAGGUGUCGACGCCGGGCGGGUGCACCAUCGGCGGUCUGCUGGUCCUUGAAGAGGGAGGCGUCCGCGGCAGUGUUUCGCGGGCCAUACGCGAGGCCACCUGCGUUGCCAGCCAGCUCGGCAAGGGGGUCCAGGGAGUCAAUGGGACCAGGUUCAGCACGGCUCCUCAGUAA